UUUCAACCCUCUUUUCCGGUUAUGUUAGUGCGUGUAAAUUACUGUGGAUAUUCAAGUUAUUCUUGUUUCCAGGUUUUCAUCUACAAGAUCAACGUUAAUGUGUGUUUCUGAGAACUUGUAGACGCUUCUCAGUUUGAUUUCAAGGAGCUGUAACACGAUACUAUAGCUGAGGUGGUCACACACGGACAUAAUGCUGAGGUACUGCUGCGUGAGCGUAAAGCUAGGUUAGGUUAGGUUAGUCAACUUUGGCGCCCAGGCUGCUUCUCUCAACACUCGAAGCCUCCAUGCUUGUCAGUAUCCAGACGUGACCCUCUGCAGUGACACAGGGCUUAGCCAUGCUGAUAUGACAACAACAAAAUAACAGAAUGUAAUUCUCCCGUGGGUUCUAUGAGGCUGUCAAGUGGUUUCAGCGAGUUAGAUAGAAGAUGACCCCUUAACAUAGUAACCCCACUUGAAUCCUCCAGAGAUUGCAGGGUGCUGUGCAUUGAAUUAAAUUAACUUUUGACCACCUCAAUAUACUACACUUGCAACAGAGUGAAAUAUAAAUACAGGUUUCCUUGUUUACAUUAACGUUGCAAAUUGGACUUACUUAUUCUGCAGAUAAAACAAUUAUCAGUUAUAAUGUUAUUCCCAGUAGAGUCAUAAAAGCCAUUUAAUAUAAAUAACCAAAGUAAUCAACUUUUUGGGCUACAGCUUCAAAAUAACUACUGACAAGAAGAGUUCCUGAAGAGAAAUAAGAGAAAGUGCCUUUAGUCGAUUCGACACAGAGGAAGAAGAUGGCCCCUGAGAUUCAGACCGUGGUACGUACGACGCAAGCCUGGCUGCAGGCCACCUGGCAUGUCAAGGUGCCCUUUGCGUGGCUGGAGGCCUGCGUGGAGUGGCUACAGGAAGAGGCAGGAGGCACUGGCCGUCUGUCACAGCAGCAAAUUAACCAACAGGCGCUGGACCAGUGGCUGAUGACAGACCUGAGGGACCUGGACUACCCUGCUCUCCCUGAAGGACUCGCUGAGGCUCAGAAGACUGAACUCAGUGGCAUCUUCUGUGUCCAGGUUGAUUCAUUGCUGGACGUCAGUCAGCCUGCGUACAGUCAGCUGCAGAAGCUGCGGGGCACGGACUGUACCAACGAUGAGGUGUCUGCCGUCACACAGACCACGCAGAGGUCCUGGGAAGCCAGACCGACCAGGAUGCUACUACUGCAGGUGACAGAUGGAGUCCAAAGCUUGGAGGCUAUGGAAUAUCAGCCAAUCCCUGCACUCAGCACAGCACUCAGGCCUGGUGCAAAGCUGCAGUUGCAGGGACAGAUGGUUUGCAGACUCGGGAUGCUGCUGUUGGGGCCGUCCAACGUCAACAUCCUGGGUGGUGAGGUGGAGGACUUAGUGGACAGGAAUAAGCAGGGCCAGGUGCUCUGUCAGACACUGGGUCUUCCUGAAGAGCAGCAGCAGGAGCGAGAAGAGGCUCCACUGGCACCACAACAAGUUGACGACGAGAUGGAAGACCUGGAGCUCGACGACGCAGAGUUGUUGGCCAGUCUUGAGGCCCAGGACGAGGUGCAGAGGAUUGAGGUUGGGUCUGAGAGUGGCUACGGGACACACAGUGAGACCUCAACUCAGUUCUCAAGAGGCUCCUUUGUCAGGAGCUUUGUCUCCACAGCCUCAUCCAGAAGUGAAGCCUCCAUCCAUUCUUACAGAGGUGGUUCGACCCAGAGUAGCAGAGGUGGUCCAGUCCAAGGUCAGCUCCUCGAACCAGAGGAUCCUGACAUCUUACUGUCCAACCAUGAGAAUCAACCAGAGGUCCAAGCUCACAUCAUCGCAGCAGAAGACUUUCCAGAUGAAGACUUUGACGAUCUUCCCCUGGAUGAGUUGGACAGUGUCAUUUUUCAGGAAACAACAAAUGUAAGUGCACAGUCUGACAUCAGUCACAGAAACACACCGCAAAAUAACAGCAGAACAACAGGACAUCCUCACAGUUUGGACAGUGCCACAAAACCCCAAACUGCACAGGUUGAGCAGCAGACAUCAAACUGCUUGGGGUCCCGGUUUGGUUCUGGCAAAUCCAAAUCCGUCACACAGAAAAGAGACUAUGAAGGCUGCAAUAAAGGAGAGUUUGUAAGGAAUGAUGUGAAUAAUUUUAUGGAUGAGGACAUGGACUGCUUUCUUGAAGAGGUAGAAAUCUAUGGCGUUCAACCUGGGAGGACUGGAGGGCAAAAUCAGCUCCCUGAGCAACAAGGACUUACAGGAGACAGGAGCACUGAAAGAAAACCUUUUCAAAAAGAUCCCCAGAGUGACGGCACAGUCCCUGCUCUAACUCUCACCUCGCCACCUUUCACGUACUUGUGCCUGCUAGAAGACCUGAACACCACAGCAAACCCCCACACCACAGAGAUGCGCGUCAAAGCUUUCAUCGUGACCCUCUUGGGGAAACUGAGCAGCAGCAACGGCGGUUGGAGCGUCUGCGCCACGAUAUCUGAUGGGACCGGUUACCUGGACGUGGAGCUGUCCGAUGAGGUUUUAACCGGCUUGCUGGGUUUCUCCGUAGCGGAAAAGGCGUCUCUGAAGCGUGACCCGGCCCGGCGAGGUGAGCUUGAAGCAGGGAUGAGGAGAUGUCAGGAGGAGCUGGUGGACAUGUGCUGUGUUAUGACCAUAGUGGUCAAACCAGAGGGAAGGAAAGCUGUGGUUACUAAGGCAGAGCAGGUCAGUGAGAAGGUACGGCAGGAGCUGGAGCAGAGGGCGAGAGGCGGGAGGAAAUAAACAGAGGAGAGGUUCAGAGGAAGUUAUUACAAAUUAGAUGUAUCAGAAAAGUAAAUUGCUUGUGAUUAGAGAUUCAAAAUAUAACACAGCACAUCAGUUUUGCCUGAAAAAUUUCCUCACAUGAUAUUUUUUGGGAUUGGUGAUCAAUCUGCCCUUCUGCUUCAGAUUUAGAGAGCAGAAUGUGUGAACUGGAUGUCUGGUGAUCACUGAGCAGUGUGUCGCAAUGCAUCCCAUCUGCUAUAUGUGAAUAUGACAUUCUGUCAUUAGAGGAUUUCAUUCAUCUAUUCAGAGAGCUAUUUCCUGCUCAAUAUGCGCUGCAUCAUUGCCAAGCAAAGUAAAUAGACUAACGAUAGAACAUUUUAUCCAUAGGAUACGUGUCAAUGAUGGGUUGUUCGCCUAUUAAUUCCAGUGUUGAGCAGUCCAGAAUGUAUGUGACAUUUAUAACUAUGCAAAGAUAAGAGUGAGACAUUUGAGAUGAGGAAUGAAGGGUAAAAAAAAAAUCAUUCUCUGAUUGUUGUAAUGAAUUUCCAGCCUUUGCAUUCGUUUAGCACAUCCAUUACUUCUGGCUGAAAAACUGAUCAAAUAUCUAAGGGUAGCAUGGUUCUUUAAUAUACUCCCCCAGGGGAGAAUGAGAGGAAAUGAAGAUAAAGGAGAGGCCGUGAUCUUCAAUUAUUUCUCUUCAUUAUUGAGCCUCAUUAAUGUUUAUGUUUUUGAUGAGCACAUUAACCACAGAUGUUACAUUUAUUUACUGUAUACUGAAAUAAAAUUGUUCUGAAGGUUUUACCAUUUUCUUUCCUACUCUUUAUUGUGCUAAUUUUACAUCUCCAUUUCUCCUCGUCAAUUGAGUAUUGAAUUGAAUUAGAUGGAUAACCAGACAAACCAGAGCACUGCACUGUGUUUCAUUUGGUUUUUAAUAGUUUUACUAAUGGCACCUUUGGGAAAUGCUCUGUGGAAGCAAAUAGUACUUAAAAGCAGUAUAAGCUAUUCCUUUGUCUCUGUGAUCAAUCUUUAAAAUAAAACAAAAUAAAAA